AUGUCAAACACAUAUUACACAAUUAUUGAUUCUUCUGAGUCUUCUCCUGAAGGCUCCAUGGUCUCUUCUCAAAAUUCUCAGGUUGAAAAAAAGCAAAAGAUUACUAAUUCUUCCCCAGAAUCUUCUAAUAAAGUUACUGAAAUCUCUAUUCAAGAUCCUAAAAACUAUGUUAAUUCCGAUUAUUCCAAAAAAAAGCAAAAGCAUGAAAUUGAGUAUGAAUAUUCUGACGAAUCUGAUAAUGACUUUAACCCUCUUUUCAACGAAGAAAAGCGGAUGAGGAAAAAUAAUGAAAAAGAUCAACAAAACCGAUAA